AUGAGCGCAUACUGGCCACACCGUGCCUCGAAGGUGCGGCCAGAGUCGCUACACGCUCCCUUGAGAUUACGUGGCGUCGUCAUCCGCACCGUACGCUAUGUUCACCCCGAGCCACCUGGAUGGGUCCUCCCCACCAAUGUCAAGGAAUUCAAACAACAGUAUCAGCGCGAUAUUUCUGUCCUCUUCAACCACCUCACUGUCUUAGUCCAGCGGAUCUGCCAUGAAAGGGACACCGCUCGUACACAACUUGGCGCCGCCCACGAAAUCAUUGAUAACUUGGAAGAGCAAGUAAUGGAGCUUAACCUUGACCUCAAUGUCGCUCGCACUACCCCAGCCACCACCACUCCUGUCUGCGUUGUCACUGUAACGGAGCCAUCUUAA